AUGCCUCUUUUCGCAAAUUCCCCCGAGGCUCUUGCUAAUGUAACCCGCACUGACUCGCUUGAUCCCGCUACAACAUGUAAAGGCGUCACAGGAGGUGGCAAGCCAUGUCGCCGUGCAUUGUCAGAUACAAAGAUGAUGUAUUGCUGGCAACAUAAGGAUCAAGCAGUGGCAGUAUCGAAUGGGGCAGGCAACAAGCCGAACACUUCACAGUUACACCCGAGAUCAAGUAUUGAUACAUUGAUGGAGCGACUCAAUAUCAGGGACUCACUGGACAACUCCAACCGAUACCGGCCAUUCAAGACAAAGAAGAAAACCAAGCGAACACUCUGCUGUUGCUUCGAAAUUAUUGAAGAGAAUGAACCACUUCCUCCGCGACCAGUGCGUCCAUCUUCACAGAAUAGACCCCAAUCGAUGCAACAGGUGCCAUCCAGUGCUCAGAGGCCGCAAAAAGGAGGCUGGAUCCCUCCAACACUUUCUCCUCAAGCCAGCUCCGCCCUUACGGAGGAGCUUGCCAAACCACUGUCGGAAAAAGAUGAGCCCGGCUAUAUUUACAUCUUCUGGAUCACGCCUGCCGACCACUCUUCCAGAUCGAUGCCGCCGCCUACAGACGUCGGCUCGUCCUUAUUCUCUAAGCAUGAUGAUCGCGGAAAUAAUGCCAUCCAAAAGGCCAGAGAUCUCAAUGCUUUGACCACGAAGCCCACCGAAUUUAGUCCUGGUGCAAUUCGCCUCAAGAUAGGCCGGGCGAACAACGUCCAGCGUCGAAUGAACGAAUGGACCAAGCAAUGCAAUCACCACAUCACCCUGAUUCGGUAUUACCCCUACACGCCUUCAUCGCCCGGCCCAAGCAGCGGACCUGCCCUCGAAGUGGGAAGAAAAGUCCCAUAUGUUCACCGCGUGGAACGACUGAUUCACCUCGAACUAGACGACUAUAGAGUCCGCGACAUGGGCAAGUGCUCGGAAUGUGGGAGAGAGCACCAGGAAUGGUUCGAAAUCAAGGCCCAAAAAGAAGCCAUUAGGAGUGUGGAUGAAUGUAUUCGCAGAUGGGUGAGAUGGGCCGAAAGCCAGUAA